UAGUUAUGACGGCAAUUGAUAUGGGCUUUAUCAUCGUCUGAUCUUGUUUCCAUUCAGGUGUGGCAUGAGGUCUAAGGUCAGCGCUGUUGUCACUGCCCCUGCCCCCAGACACGGGGCCUAUAUAAUCAGUCCACUGCCCUUGUCCAGCAGUGGAUCACACAGGACACAGAGCAACGAGGAAAAGAAGAGCAUUCGUCUCACGGAAUAGAGGAAUCAGGAGUGCCUAAAGAUGUGUACAGGAAAGUGUGCUAAAUGCAUCGCAGUGGUGCUGUACCCACUGGCCUUGGUUUCUAUCAUCUGCAACAUCAUUCUCUUUUUCCCUGGUUGGGAUACACAAUAUGUUCAAAAUGACGAGGAGGGCAAGGAAAGACUCACGCCUGAGGUGAAAUUCAUGGGAGGCGUUGUUGGCGGUGGCAUAAUGGUCCUUAUUCCAGCCAUUCAUAUUCACCUGACUGGGAAAGCAGGCUGCUGUGCCAACCGCUGUGGGAUGUUCCUGUCCAUUGGGUUUGCAGCUGCUGGGGUCCUGGGUGCUAUUUGGAAUAUGAGUGCGGCUGCUCUUGGCCUGUCUAAAGGACCAGUUUGCAAUGUUCUUGGAAUAGGCUGGACCCGACCAUUUGAUGUUGUCAACGGCACUGACUACCUGUCAAAACCAGAUCUCUGGAACUUGUGUACUGAGCCUGAGAAUGUGGUGGAGUUUAACAUCGCCCUCUUCUCUGUCCUCCUGGUGUGCGCUGCGCUGCAGUUGGCGUUGUGCGGAUUACAGAUGGUCAACGGCCUCUUUGGAUGUAUAUGUGGAACCGGCAGAGAUUGAAUGGAGUGGAGAGGACCCCAAAGUAACACUUAAGCUGGCAGUUGCAGCCGAAUGAAGAAUCACGGAUUGGCUAGCUGUCAACGGUACCUCAAUUGACUCAAUUGACUUUACACUCAUGACGGCUUAUUGCCCACCUCCUAUAGAGACUACUGCGAAAUGUUAUGUUUUAAGUUGUGUAUGUUGAAAAUAUUUGAAUCUAUGUGUAUUUUUUUUUAAAUAAAUAUCGUGCUAUUCUAAUAAAUAAGGUUAUUCAAUGGUUAACAUUUUCAGCACUGUUAUUUCCGCCUGUAAACAUGUACUCUGUCCUGCAAAAUGAACUACAGUGUCAUAAACACAUUGUCAUAAACUAAUUUUCUACAA